AUUUUCUAUUUUCUGCACAUAGCUAUGCCUAAUUAACAGAAAUUAUUUGACAUAUAUACUUCGAAAUAUCCUGCAUUUAACAAGAAGGCAAAAAAAUAGUGACCGAAAGAAUGCUGCUUAGUUGAAGAAAGAUUGUCUCUGUCAUUAACAUUCUAGUUAAUGACCAAAACAUGAGCUAUUCCUCAAACUACUUGCGGUUAUUAUCUUUCACCAAGCAGCUAUCCUCUUACGUUAACAAAGGCCUGCAUGACCAAGCCCUUACUCUCUUUCGCCAUAUGCAAACCUCACUCGCUCUCACUCUCACUCUCGAUCCCUUUGUUUUCCCUCUGGUGCUCAAAUCUUGCGCCGCCAUUACCCGCCCGCAGCUCUGCGUCGCCAUUCACGGCCACGUCACCAAAUUGUCUCUGCUGAAAAACCCAUUUGUCUCGUGCGCUCUAGUUGACUCCUAUGGAAAAUGCGUGUCGAUUUAUUCGGCGCGCAAAGUAUUCGAUGAAAUUCCUCUUAGAAAUGUUAUUGUGUGGAAUGUGAUGAUAUCGCUCUAUGCACGUAAUGGUUAUGUGAUGGACGCUUUGAAAUUGUUUGAAGUUAUGGAUGUUGCGCCUGAUGAGUCGACAUUUAAUUCUAUAAUAGCGGCUUUGUCUAAGCUGGAAGAGGGGUCGUUUAAGGCUAUUGCGUUUUAUAGAGAAAUGCAAGAGUUGGGUUUGAAGCCGAGUCUAAUUACCCUUCUUGCUUUAUUACCUGCUUGUUUAGGUGUUGCAGCUUUGAGUUUAAUUAAGGAAAUACAUGGUUAUGCUAUUAGACAUUAUAUUGAAUUGCACACGCAAUUGCGCAGUGGGCUAGUGGAGGCCUAUGGGCGAUGUGGGUGUCUUGAUAAUGCGCAAAAUGUGUUUAAUACUAUGAAGGAAAGAGAUGUGGUUGCAUGGAGCAGUUUGAUAUCUGUGUAUGCGCUUCAUGGGGAAGCAAGAACUGCACUGGAAAUUUUUCGACAAAUGGAAAAGGCGAAGGUGUGGCCUGAUCACAUUACUUUUCUUGCGGUACUUAAAGCUUGUAGCCAUGCAGGAUUAGCUGAGGAAGCAUUGGAUUAUUUUUCAAGAAUGGGUAAAGAUUACGGCGUCCAAGCAAGUAGUGAUCAUUAUUCGUGUUUAGUGGAUGUUUUGAGCAGGGCAGGGAGACUAUAUGAGGCGUAUCAAGUCAUAAGGGAAAUGCCAGUGCAGGUGACCGCAAAAGCUUGGGGAGCCUUACUCGGUGCAUGUCAAACUUAUGGAGAGGUGGAGCUUGCAGAAAUUGCUGGGAAAGCAUUGGUAGAGAUAGAGCCUGAUAAUCCUUCCAAUUAUAUACCAUUGGCUAGAAUUUAUGCUAAUUUAGGGAGACAUGAGGAUGCUCUGAGAAUGAGAAGGGAAAUGAAGAAGAGGGGAGUGAAGGCAGCGCCAGGUAGCAGCUGGGUUGUAUAUCAAGACUGAUAAUAAAGGGUUUUUGGAUCAUUUUCAAAUGGUUAAGGUCAAACUGUACAUCGCUAUUUGUAGUCAGCCAAAGCAUCAACACUUUUCUUGAACACAAUAACGGAAGGCACAUCACCUUAAACCAUGCCGUGUCAAAUACAUCGUAAUAUAGAUUUGCAAACCAGUUUUCUGGUGUUUAGCUUGACACAGGUGAAACUUUCACCCACACAUGAAUUCAAACAAUAGCCGAUAUCAAGGCAACAGAAGAGAAAGCAAGAGAAUGGAGCGAGAAAGGCAGUGAUUGAAGUUGAGGUUUGCAAACUCUGUCUAGAUGACCGUAGAUAGAAUAGAAUGUACGGUUAUUGUCUUGCUAUACCAUGUUUCUGCAUUGAAAGUUUCACUUUGACAUGGUCACCUCUUUCAUUGAGGUUGAGUUCAAGUUAUAUGGUGGAAAAACAGUUUGGUUACAACAGCUGCCAUUCUCUUCAUUUUGUUUACAAGUACUGUCUAUUAUUUAUUUCUUGAUGAUGAAUAGCUAUAUUAAUAUUUUGUUUUGCACCACAUUUGUAAUUUUACUUUACCGAUUGCUGAUGAUGGAGGACAAACUAAAAUGUUCAUAAGCCUCUACUCCCCCUUGAAUCCAAAUAGCUUCCAGAUAUUAUAUUUAUUUCCGGUUAUCUUUCGAUAGAAAAUAUAACAGUUU